AUGUCCAAUUUCCCAAAAUAUCCAGAUCUCGAUGGUAAAGUCGCCCUGAUUAUGGGGGUUGGCCAAACACACGUACCAGGCUCGGAGGCAUGGGGCAAUGGGGCAGCUAUCGCUCAAAGCCUCGCCCAAAAUGGUGUCCAAGUUUUCGGUUGCGAUGUGAAUCUCCAAGCAGCAGAGCGCACCGCUUCACGAAUCCACGCAGAAGGUGGAAAAUGUGACAUUGCCCAAGCCGAUGUGACGUCUGAAAAGGACGUCAGAAGGGUCGCGGACGCUGUGAUUUCGAAGUACGGGCGAAUCGAUAUCUUGAUCAAUAACGUGGGCGCCACAGUAGCUGGAGAUCCAGCCAGCAUGUCUGCCGAUGUAUGGGACAAACAAAUCGACCUUAAUCUGAGAAGCGUCUACUUAGCCUGCCAUGUAGUGCUUCCGAUAAUGGAAAAGCAAGGGUCGGGGUGUGUGGUUAACAAUGCCUCCAUUGCGGGCCUGAGGUACAUUGGAAAGCCACAGGUCGCGUAUUCUGCGGCAAAGGCUGCGGUGAUUCAGUUUACGAAGGUUACAGCGGUCAUGUAUGCACCAAAAGGUGUUCGAUUGAACACAGUAGUACCGGGCUUUAUCCACACACCUUUGGUCGAUAACUUCAAAUUCAACGGCCAGCAAGAAGUCUAUGAUAAGAUCACACAGCAGCCCGUCCCGUUGGGGCGCAUGGGAGAUGCGUUCGAUGUAGCCAGUUCUACCGUGUUUCUGGCUAGCGAUGCGGCCAAAUAUAUAACUGGACAGAUUUUGGUUGUGGACGGUGGAUUUACAAGUUCCGCUGCGUCUCUAUGA